AUGAUCCAUCUUUGGAACAGCUUCACUGAAACGCUCAAAGCAUUGGAGGCGGCUCCGUCCAUACAAGGUGUGCUACUGACGAGUGAAUUUGCCCCAAAAGUGUUCUCGGCUGGACUGGACUUUAACGAAAUGGACAACACCACACAGGAAGACUUCAGAGACUAUUGGAUCACGUUUGAGAAGAUGUGGAAGGCAUG